CCUAGGAAUCAAAACUCAGCAAUUUAGUGCCGUGCGGUUAGAUUAUUUAAACAAACAACUACAGCUUAAAGUAAAUUAAAAUUUGUAAAUUAGCUUGAACUUGAAUAAUUACUAUUUUUAUUUACAAUCGUGACGAUAUUACAGACUCUCUAGUGCCCUCUUUCGAGCCUUUGCCAUUGUUGAUGUUUACUAAUAAAAAGCCAGAGCAGAGCAGAGAGCCAGACCAAGAUUAAAUAAAGUGUUCAAUUUAAUAUGUUUGAUAACUUCUAUGACAUGUAACAACUAACGUUGAAGUAACUUGGUAGUUUCCUAAAAUGUCGGGUUUUAUAGAAUUUGAUUACAGACAAAGUAAAAAGAAUUUUAUUGAAGGACUGGAAAACAAAAAACGUUCUUUUAGUAAAUACCAACCUUUGAACGUGGAAAGUAAAGAACAAUUAAUUCUAUUCGUUAAAGCGAGAGUCAACCCCUACUGUGUGAAAUAUGAUACAAUUAAAGACAAUAAUAGCGAGUUACUUAUUUUGAAAAGAAGGUUGCCUGACCAACCUGUUGUUGAAGUACUACCAGCCAUGGAAUGUUUUGACGUAUUGGCGGAAGCACAUUUACUUGAAGAUCACGGUGACUGUUCCAAAAUGACAAAUAUAUUAAAAUUAAUAUAUCAUAUUCCUUUAAAUGUUGUAAACAUUUUUUUAAAAGCUUGCAACGUGUGUAUGCAUAGAAACCAGUUUUCAAAAGAAAAGUCUGCAAAGGGUCUGAAUAAAAUGAACUAUUAUGUUCCAGAUUAUACUGUUCAUUGUACAAUUUACCAGAUACCAACCAAUCCGGACAACAGAUUCUCACAUGUUAUUAUUUAUGUUGAUGCGUUAACCAAUUAUGUUAUAUUAAGACCAACUUGCUCAAAAGAUCAUGUUGUGGUUGCAUAUGAACUCUUGAAAAUAUUUCUUGAUUUUGGAUUACCAGAUAACAUAGUAUGUAAUAGUGAUGAAUUUUACAAAACAACAAUUGCAAUGUUGAAACCUAUCGACAUAUUUUUACAAUUGCCAAGUGUUGUUACUCGAAAAAGCUUACCUAAACUAAAUCAGAUAAGUAAUGACAUUAGUUCACUUAUCAAAUCAUGGAUUAGUGCAUAUAAAAGUUCAAAUUGGGCUAUUGGUUUGAAAGAAAUACAAUGGCAGUUGAACACUUUAACUGCAGAUGGUAGUGUAACAAAAUCAAGAAAACUGGUUAAUCAUGAAAUAAUGUCCCCAUACCAUGCCCAUUUUGGUUUUAUUCCAAAUGAAAAAGUUAUUCAAAGAACUAAUAAAUUGCCAAAAACAGGACAUGUUUCUGUAACUAAUUCAAAAAAUAAAGUCUUCUGUGCUGAUGACAGGUGGUGCUUAAAAUGUGAUAAAAAGGUUAGUGAAAUAUAUUACAAGGUGUGUUCCGUAUGCAAACAGAAGUGCCAUUUUAAUUGUUGUGUUAUAAGUGUGCUUAAAAUACUAUCAACAGAGGAUUAUAAAUUAGAAAUAACAUGUACGUCAUGUAAAGAAUCAUAAUAUAUUUAUUUAAGAUUGAUUAAAUCAAAGGGUAAAACAAGUUUUAUUAAAAGAUACAGUGCUAUGAACACACUGGUACUAAAUUCAAUGAAAGUUUUGAUGAAACUUUAAAUAACUUUUUAAUAGUUUUUAAAGAAAAAUGUUCGACUUAGUUUUACAUCUGAAUAAUUUACUUCCAUUUGCAGACUACUUUUUUUUGGAAGAAUAAUUAUUUGAGUUCAGCUUAUAUUU